UGCGCCAAAAUAAAAAAUGCUGGAGUUUCCCUCCUGGGUGUGGAAGACUGGAAGUGCAGUGAGUGGGAGGUGCAGAGAUGAAGGAAUGGCAGUGAAAACAAAGACCACACAUCUGAGGACUUGGGCUGCAAGCUGAUGAGAACGCAGUGGUUAUAAGGAUUUUCCAUGGCUGGGCUCAAUGACAGCUGCACUGACCUGGAAGUGCUCCUGAAACGUUACUACCUAUCUGUUGCUUAUGGCAUCAUCUUUGUAGUGGGCCUAGUGGGGAACAUUACAUCCAUAGGCAUCUACAUUGCAAAGCUGCGUCCAUGGAAGAGCAGCAGCAUCAUCAUGGUCAACCUGGCGCUAAUGGAUCUCCUCUAUGUCCUCACCAUGCCCUUUUUGGUCUACUACUACAGCAACGGUGAAUCGUGGAUGCUCGGCGACUUCAUGUGCCGCUUUGUGCGGUUUGCGUUUCACUUCCACCUGUAUGGGAGCAUCCUGUCCUUGUCCUGUGUCGCGGUUUUCCGUUUUUUGGUGGUGAUCCAGCCGCUGAAAGUGGUAGAGGUGCAACAGAAGGUUUGGGGAAUUGUUGCCUGCUUGGUUGUCUGGAUCAUCUCUGCCGCUGAAGUCACACCGAUGCUUACCUUCAUAUCCCUGACCCACAAGGACAAUAUGACAUUUUGCAUUGACUUUGCUAACAUAAUAGAGUCAGUCGGUAGCAUUCGGAAGUACAACUGGUUGCUCACUGCCUUUGGGUUUGCACUACCGUCAAUGUUGGUGUUUGUCUGUUACAUCGGCAUUGUGAAACGGCUCACUAGUGGAUCCAGCCCCACCACUUCCUGCAGGAUGCGAGCGCGGCGAGUCAUCGUCCUCAUCCUGGUGGUGUUUGCGAUGUGCUACCUGCCGUACCACAUCUUACGAGUGUUGUGGGUGGAAAUUCGAACAAAUUCAGCAACAAAGUGCACGAAAUAUGUCGUGAAUGCAGCUUAUAUUAUCUCAAGGCCUCUGGCGGGACUCAACACAUUCUUUAACCUGGCUUUGUAUACUCUCUCAGGAGACAACUUCAGAAAGGCCUUUGUGGACAUUUUUUGCCGGGAACAAUGGCUCACCAAGGCAAAGUCCCUGCUCCACCUGAACAUCGUCCACCGUGCUGAGACUGACAUGCCUGCUGCAUGACAAACAACUAAUGACUUUUUUUUUUUUUUUUUAUGUAACGAAAUUACUGAACAGACACUAUUUGCCAGCAAUUUCAGACAAUAUGGGAAUGUCACCAGAGUUUGCAUCAAUGAGAUAAUUAGAUUAGCAAAUUACCUGAGUUAAUUUAAGCUUUCUAAUUGUUGCUCUGAUUUUAUGGACAAGUGGAGGUGUAUGCUUAAUAUGUAGUCAUUUUAUCUUAGUUGAGUGGCAUGUUUCCAAUUUUGAACUAUAGCCAAUUUAUGUCACAUGUUGCUGUACCUUGCCAAAUUACUGCCUGUUAUAGAUCUUGUCACAUUAAAAUACUGUAAACAUCAAUAGAUUUUUUCUAAGUUGUGAAAUGGAAAGAAGCUUUUUUCAAAUAUAAUGAAUAAAAGUCAAAAAUAUGGAGAACAGUUGUACUGAGCACCUUUUACACUGCUUUAAAAUACAGUUCAACUAAAUAUGUUAAUGUUUCUUUCAGGUAUAGAUGAAUCAUACUGCUGACUGACUUGAGGAAAACAUAUUUUAGUCUUACAUUUGUUUUGAUGAUUUCUAUUGUGGAGAACCC